AUGCAUUUCCCAACCACCACUAGCGUUGCACUCCUCCUCUCCCUCUCCGCCACCACUCUAGCUUCCCCCCACCCCCAAUACCAUACGAAGGAGUACAAGCCUGACUACAAGACCGACUACGAGGUCGACUAUAAGACCGAAUACAAGCAGGAAUACAAGCCCGACCCUAAGCACGAAUACAAGGCUGAGUACCCAGAGCACAAGGCCGAGUACAAGACCGACGAGUACAAGCAUGAGGACCCGAAGCAUAAGCACGAAUACAAGACCAACGAGUACAAGACUGGAUACAAGCGCGACUACCCUGAGUACGAGACCAAGGAGUACAAGCACGAGGACCCGAAGCACAAGCACGAGUACCACGAGGACAAGUACCCGGAGCACAAGCACGAGUACAAGACUACAGAGUACAAGACUGAAUACAAGCGCGAUUACCCUGCUAAGGACCCUGGGUACGAGACCAACGGCUACGAGACCCACGGUGGAUACGAAACCAACGGUGGUUAUGAGACCAAUGGUGGUUAUGAGACCCACGGUGGAUACGAAACCAACGGUGACUACCCUACCGACGACUACCACCACGGGUAUGAGACCAAUGGUGGCUACCCUACCGACGACUACCACCACGGGUAUGAACCUGAGUACCCUUGGGACUAUUCAGAGUACUACCCUUAUUACCGUGCGAACAACCAGGAUCCUACUACCCUGACCACGCCUGAGGUUGCUCCCGAGGUCGCUCCUGAAGUCGCCCCAGAGGUCGCCCCUGAAGUCGCUCCUGAAGUUGCCCCUGAAGUCGCCCCAGAGGUCGCCCCUGAAGUUGCUCCUGAAGUCGCUCCUGAAGUUGCCCCUGAAGUCGCCCCAGAGGUUGCUCCAGAGGUCGCUCCUGAAAUCCUUCCCGAGUUUCUCCCAGAAGUCAGCCCCGAGAUCCUCCCAGAGGUCACUCCUGAAAUCCUCCCCGAAUUUCUCCCAGAAGUCAGCCCUGAGAUCCUCCCAGAGAUCCUCCCAGAGGUCGCCCCGGAAUCUACCUCUGAGCCCGCCCCGGAAUCCACCUCUGAGCCCGCCCCCGAAACAACCUCUGAGCCCGCCCCCGAAACAACCUCUGAGCCCGCCCCCGAAACAACCUCUGAGCCCGCCCCCGUCCCAACCCCCCAGCUGCCAGUCAUGUGCGCCAGGAUGUGCUCGCCUGCACCCAUGACGUGCGGUGAGGGAUGGAGCAACUGGAGGAGUGGAUCGUGCUGGAUGUGCUCUGCGUGGAUGAUUCGGUUCGCAGUCGGCUUUUAG